UGUCAUUCGUGUUUGGACGCGCGUUGCUGAACGUUCGCAGCGAGCACUCGAUUUCUCUCAGUGCCGCAUCCCGGCCCACGUUGCGUAUGCGUAACGCGCACAGUUUCAACAGCGAGUUUUCCUUAAGUGCCGCGAAAAUUCCACAAACGAUGACAAUCAACGGGCAGCUAUAGUUUGGCCACCAGCUAAACACGAUAAAUAAAUUAAACACGCGCAAAGGCCAGCGGUAAUACGCGUUUCCCACUGCCGACGGCAAAACACAAGUGUUGAAAAGUUAUUUUACCCCUUUAAAAAAAAAACCAAAAGAAAAACAAAGUGCAAUGAUCAAGCAAAGUUAAAAUAUAUCAAAAAAAACAAAACACACACCGCAAAAGUGCUAGAAAAAGUUCUCUUGAUGAAAAAUCACCUGUCCAACGUUUUGUGUGCGAUGCGUAGUGACUUCAAGGAUAAUCACCAGGAGACCAUCAAUAAAAUGAUACAAUUUGGUACAGUGAAAUAUGGCAUUGUCAAACAGCUGAAGGAUCGCGCUCGCAGCGCCGACAAAGACACCGGUAGCGAUCAGGAGGAGAAUGGUGGCUGCUCGCCACUGACCACGGCCACCACCACGGCCAGUCCCAGCCGGAGUCCCGAGCCGGAGGAGGAGCAGCACGAGGAGCAGGAGCACCAGAUCGACCAGAAAACAGAGGUAAAAUCAGAGAUUGAGCCCGUGGAGGAUAACAACAACCGGGUGGCGAUGACGAAGCCGAGUUCCGAGGAGCGGGAGCCGAAUGCCAGUGGCUCCAUGCCCAGUUCCCCGGUGGCGGAGGCCAGUGCGGAGGAGGCGGCCACCGAGAGGGCUUCGGAGAAGGAGAAGGACAUCGAGGUGGAUGUGGAGAUGCCCGACGAGGCGCCGCCCAACAGUGUGGUGCCCCCUGCCCCGGAGGUGACCCUACCAGGAGCGGCCGGAGCUCCGGUCACCCUGGAGGCCAUCCAGAACAUGCAGAUGGCCAUUGCCCAGUUCGCGGCCAAGACCAUUGCGAAUGGCUCGAAUGGAGCGGACAACGAGGCGGCCAUGAAGCAGUUGGCCUUCCUGCAGCAAACGCUCUUCAAUCUGCAGCAGCAGCAGCUCUUCCAAAUCCAGCUGAUCCAGCAGCUCCAGUCGCAGCUGGCCCUCAACCAGGCCAAGCAGGAGGAGGACCUCGAGGAGGAGCAGGACCAGGAGCAGGAGCAGGACCAGGAGCAGGAAACGGACACGUACGAGGAGGAGGAGCGCAUUGCCGACAUGGAGCUGCGCCAGAAGGCGGAGGCCAGGAUGGCGGAGGCCAAGGCGCGUCAGCACCUGAUAAACGCGGGUGUCCCGCUGCGGGAGUCCACCGGUUCACCAGCGGAAUCGCUGAAGAGAAGGCGGGAGCAGGACCACGAGGCGCAGCCUAAUCGCAGAGCGAGCCUGGAGGCCACUCACAAGGAGGACUCCGCACUGGAUGCGCUGGCCAAGCUGAAGGAAAUGGAGAACACUCCCCUGCCCUUCGGCUCCGACCUGGCCUCCAGCAUCAUCACCCACCACGACGAUCUGCCCGAGCCGAACUCCCUGGACUUGCUGCAGAAGCGCGCCCAGGAGGUGCUCGACUCGGCCUCGCAGGGCAUCCUGGCCAACAGCAUGGCGGAUGACUUCGCCUUCGGGGAGAAGGCGGGCGAGGGAAAGGGUCGCAACGAGCCGUUCUUCAAGCACCGCUGCAGGUACUGCGGCAAGGUCUUCGGCUCGGACUCGGCGCUCCAGAUCCACAUCAGGUCGCACACUGGCGAGCGGCCCUUCAAGUGCAACGUGUGCGGCAGCAGGUUCACCACCAAGGGCAACCUGAAGGUCCACUUCCAACGGCAUGCGCAGAAGUUCCCCCACGUGCCCAUGAACGCCACGCCCAUUCCCGAGCACAUGGACAAGUUCCAUCCGCCGCUGCUCGAUCAGAUGUCGCCCACGGACAGUUCGCCCACCCACUCGCCGGCCCCGCCCCCACUGGGCUCCGCCCCCGCCUCCUUUCCGCCCGCCUUCCCCGGCCUGCAGAACCUCUACCGUCCGCCCAUGGAGAUCCUCAAGAGCCUGGGAGCGGCCGCCCCACACCAGUUCUUCCCGCAGGACCUGCCCACGGAUCUGAGGAAGCCAUCGCCGCACCUGGAGGAGGAUGAGUCGACGGUGCCGGUGAAGAACGAGCCCAUGGAGGAGGAGAAGGAUCAGCGGGAGGAGCGCGAGGAGGAGAAUGCGGAGUGCUCCGAACCAGAGCCAGAACCUCUGCCCCUGGAGGUUCGCAUCAAGGAAGAGCGGGUGGAGGAGGAGCAGGAGCAGGCUAAGGAGGAGGAUCACCGCACUGAGCCGCGAAGGACACCCUCUCCGUCGCAGCAGGACCGCUCCCCCCAUCACCACCCCCACCACCAUCAGCACCACCACCACCACCGCCACAGCCACUUGGGCUACCCACCGGUGGUGCAGCCCAUCCAACCGGCUGCCCUGAUGCACCCACAACCCUCGCCGGGCUCCCAAUCCCACCUGGACCACCUGCCCACUCCGGGACAGCUGCCACCUCGCGAGGAUUACUUCGCCGAUCGCUUCCCCCUCAACUUCACCACCGCCAAGACCCUGUCCCCCGAGCACCACUCGCCGGUGAGAUCGCCUGCGGGAGGAGCCCUGCCCCCGGGAGUGCCGCCCCCGCACCACCACCCCCACCACAUGGCCCGGUCGCCGUUCUUCAAUCCCAUCAAGCACGAGAUGGCCGCCCUGCUGCCACGCCCCCACAGCAACGACAACUCGUGGGAGAACUUCAUCGAGGUGUCGAACACCUGCGAGACCAUGAAGCUGAAGGAGCUGAUGAAGAACAAGAAGAUCAGCGACCCCAACCAGUGCGUGGUCUGCGACCGGGUGCUGUCCUGCAAGAGUGCCCUCCAGAUGCACUACCGCACGCACACCGGUGAGCGGCCCUUCAAGUGCCGCAUCUGCGGCAGGGCCUUCACCACCAAGGGCAACCUGAAGACCCACAUGGCGGUGCACAAGAUCCGUCCGCCGAUGCGCAACUUCCACCAGUGCCCCGUCUGCCACAAGAAGUACUCCAAUGCGCUGGUCCUGCAGCAGCACAUCCGGCUGCACACCGGCGAGCCCACAGAUCUCACGCCGGAGCAGAUCCAGGCGGCCGAGAUCCGGGACCCGCCGCCCUCGAUGAUGCCGGGUCACUUCAUGAACCCGUUCGCGGCGGCGGCCUUUCACUUUGGCGCCCUGCCAGGAGGACCAGGUGGUCCGCCCGGGCCCAAUCAUGGAGCCCACAACGGAGCCCUGGGCUCCGAGUCCUCGCAGGGGGAUCUGGACGAUAACAUGGACUGCGGCGAGGACUACGACGACGAUGUCUCCUCGGAGCACCUGUCGAACAGCCAUCUGGAGCAGGAGGGCGACAGACCCCGCUCCGGAGACGACUUCAAGUCGCUGUUGUUCGAGCAGAAGCUGAGGAUUGAUGCCACGGGAGUGGUGAACACGAAUCCCGUGAGACCGCGCUCCUCCGCCUCCAGUCACGGCCACUCGGUGGGCUCCACCUCGGCGCCCACCUCGCCCAGCGUGCACCCCUCCUCGCACCAGGUGCCCAAGCCCAGCUCAUCGCCCGCCCGAUCGGAGGCUUCCCAGGGAGCUCUGGAUCUUACGCCCCGGGCGGCGCCCACCUCCAGUUCCAGUUCGCGAUCGCCACUGCCGAAGGAGAAGCCAGCCAGUCCGCCCAGCCUGCCUAGGAGUCCCAGCGGUCCCGCUGGCCAUGGCCCCCCUUCUCUGCUCACCUCCCCCCUGCCGCCCACCGUGGGCAUUGAUUGCCUGCCACCUGGACUGCAGCACCACUUGCAGCAGCAGCACCAGCACCUGAUGCAGCAACAGGCGGCAGUGGCAGCGGCUGCGGCGGCCCAGCACCAUCACCACCAACAGAUGGCGGCACUGCACCAGCACCAGGAGCAACUGCGUCGCGAGGCUGCAGAGGCGCAGCAGAAGGCCGCAGCAGCGGCGGCAGCAGCAGCAGUGGCCCAGCGGCAGAGUCCGCCGGAGCGGACCAAUCAGCGGCAGGAGGCGGGACCCGGAGCGGGACCACCGCCCAAUCCGAUGAUGGGCGCCCGCCCCCCCUUCGGCAUGUUCCCCAACCUGCCGCUCUUCCCGCCCGCCACCACCCAGAACAUGUGCAAUGCCAUGAACCAGAUCGCCCAGUCCGUGAUGCCGGCGGCACCUUUCAACCCACUGGCGCUGAGCGGGGUGCGCGGCAGCACCACCUGCGGCAUCUGCUACAAGACAUUCCCCUGCCACUCGGCGCUGGAGAUCCACUACAGGAGCCACACCAAGGAGCGGCCCUUCAAGUGCAACAUCUGCGAUCGCGGCUUCACAACCAAGGGCAACCUGAAGCAACACAUGCUAACUCAUAAAAUCCGCGACAUGGAGCAAGAGACCUUCAGAAAUCGUGCCGUAAAGUAUAUGAGUGAGUGGAACGAUGAUCGCGAAUAAGUAAACACUCGACACUAGCACGAUUACGAUCAAUAUCGCUGGCCGGCGAUCAAGAUCACUUGGCUAGAAAUAAAAGGACUCAGACUCAGUCAAGAUGCAAUCGAUUCUCGCAACCAAAUGAUCUCAAGAUUUAGAGCGAAAUGAGAGGGGAAGAGGCGGUGACUCUGGUGAAGAUCAGUCGUGUACACAAAUCUUUAUAUUUAUAAAUUGUUGCCCACAAAAAUAUUAUUUGAUUGUUGUUCCGAAUGAAAAGUGAAAAGUUUCCAACUGCAAACGGGCUGAUCCAUAAUCGAUUGCCCCGAGCACUUUCAUAAACAAUUUUUUAUGAUCUGGCGCGUUCGCGGAGAAAUCCGCUGAAUACACGAUCACCAAUACUAAAGGAGGGAUCAUGAAACGUAUCCAAAGAUGCAUCAAAAGCGAUUUGUGUUCCAGCUAUGCGAAAGUAAAGUCGAAUGCCGAAAGACCUGGAAGUAAAAAUUGAAGGUGGAACCAAAGGCUGCUUGGUAUUGAGAGACUGAUAGCGUUUCAUGUUCCACAAAACUAAGAACGGAUCCAAAAAUAAGAAUGGAUCCGAGGCAGCUGAAGCAGAGAGUGAAGGCGUAGUAAAAUCAAAAUUCGAAUUUAAAGCAAAUCUUAAGGUAUAUGCUAAUAUAACUAUAAUAGGUACCUAAGCGAGACAUGUGUACAUACGUAUAGAUAUAUAUAUAUGAUAUAUGAUAACCAAACCACUCACAGACACACGCAUACGCAUACAUGUUAAUAAUCUAUUUGGAAUGUGCAAUAAUAUGACAUGCUAUAAAUUUAGAUGCGAACGCCGAGCGCAGGCUUUUGUUUCCUACUACUCGUAAAUUAGAUUUAUUUUCCACUUAUUGUACAUACUUCCUACACACAUACACACAUAAUUAAUAUUAAACACACAUUUCGAAAUCCAAACGCUUUGCUUUCGAGAAUGGGUUAGGAAUAAAAAUGGAAAAAAUUAAAAAAAUAUAUAUGAGAAAUUGUGAUAUUAAAUGUAAAAAAAAAAAGAAAUACAAAUUACGGUUGCGGUGGCCACGGGGGAAACCCAUUCGAAGCCCCGGCAAAAUGCUUUCCAUAUCACAGAUGAAAGAACCACAAAAGAUAUCUAACAUUCAUAGUUAAUUUAGUUGUUAGCCGAGGGGACCAUCCCCGACCCACAAACACACAGAAACACACCCACACACCUAAUUUCACUUCAUUGGAAGGAUUAACCCUAGUGCUAAGUAAGUCUAUGAGCGAUCGUACACGUAUUGAUUACCACAAUUAAAUUAUACACGGGUUCGAAUGUAUCCCACUCUGUUCGUAAGCAUAAGCAUAGUCUCAUAAUUUAUUACGCAAGCCCAAGCAAAAAACAAAACUAAGAAAAAUGCAAAUAAAAGUGAAUCUAUUGAGAAGAACAAAUAAAUAUAUGUAUUUAAGU